AUGCGACACCAAUGCCUUUUCCUGGCUACUCUCGCCCUGGGAUUAGUCCCUGCGUUGGCUCAAUCCGGGGAUAGUUCUACUACCACUACCACAAAUACUUGCACGGAUCUUAUUACCAAUGGCGGGUUUGAAAGUGGCACAACUAGUUCAUGGUUGAUGGCGGUGGUAGGAUCUGGAAGUGGUGCCGUGGAGGAUGCGUCUUCUGCGGCUGAGGGCUCAUAUUAUCUGGAGGUGAUCUCUUCGCUCGAGGAUGGUUAUACAGGCUUCUUAAUCGAAAACUACGUCUACGAUGUGAUACAAGGUGACCAGUAUACCAUCUCGUUCGACUAUAAAUAUAGCCUGAAUGGGGGUGAAGAUUGUUCCUUGCUCGCUAGAUUUGACCAAUCGAUUUCGGCUCCGACAUUCUUUGAACUUAGUUCAAUCACGAGCGACGUGACCGAAUGGACGACCGUGUCGCAAACUAUUACACUGCAAGGCUCAUAUAUAUUGGCCUCAUUCACAGGAACUUGCAGUAGUGGCUAUCCGACCUUUAACCUCGACGCGGUUUCUAUCACAAACGAGGAAGAUGAGUGCACUACAUCGUCGAUUACAGUGGCUACCACAACGACAACCUCACUGAGUGUUAGCUCGAGCUUAUCCAUCCCUGUUUAUACCUCAAUCCCCCGCGGAGGUGCCAUUUUGAGCUCAUCGUCAAACGUCCCCUCAUCCACCCCUAUCACAGUCAGUUCGAGCUCUGCCGGGGUGCACUCAUCAGUUCCUCUGGUGAAGCAGGAAGCCAUCCGCUCCUGUAGCUACCUCGACUGGUCUGGUGAUUAUCUCAAGCUCAGCAGUACCCCCAACAUCAACUCCUCUGAUGCCGAGCUCGAGUUCACCCUUUAUCGUACAAACUUCGACCGCUCUAGUAGUCAGUACAAGCCCAUCAGUCGCCUCGCACGCCUCAAUUCCACUCUUGAUAAGUUCAAGCUCCGCCACAGUACAUACCUCAACCCCGCUUCAUAUCAGCUCGAGCUCCGGCGAGGUAGCCAAGCCUACUACUCCUGGGGCUAUAUCUUCCAGCUCAUUUACCACUGCAAGGGUGUUGACCUCUGCUUUAUCUGGGCUUCCUAUUGUAGCCGGACUGCAACCAUUACUGCGUGUCCCUCAUCUGGCAUCAAUUGUCCAGCCUCGCAGCGUAUAACUUACGUGACCACCGACACUGUUGGCGUGAACGAGGAGACCGCUACUACUACACCCCAAGGCGCAGUUGGACCCGGAUCUAGUGACCAGGUUACCACCGAGACAAUUCUCACUACUCGCGUUUCCACAAUUCUUCAGUGCCCGACAACUGUCACCGACUGUCCUUUGACUCAACAGACACCUCAUACUACGACCGAAACUCUCGUCGCUGGAACCACAGUUUAUCCUGUUACCGUAACAGGAAGCACAGUUUCACCGAUCGGUGCUUCUUCUGCAAGCACCGGGGCUGCUGUUAUUAGUCCUGUUGGGUCACUUACCACAGAAACAAUCUACGCCACCAGUGUAUCUACUAUCUGGGAGUGCCCUGCCUCUGUCACCGACUGCCCAUUAAGAUCUAAAACUGCUUAUGUUGCGACUACGACUGCAGCCAUUGGAUCCACAGUCUAUCCUGUUGGAAACUCUGCACUUCCCAGCUCUACUGUCCAGCCAGUCUCUAGCUCAAUCCCAACCUCCAGCGCUACCUCCGACUCUGUCAUCGGCGAUUGGGUUUCUUCUUCCAGUAAAUCUUCGCCUGGUGCUGCUUUAACCCCAUCCAGCUCCGGAAACGAAUCUGAUUCUGCGACUACUGGCCAAGACAAGGUUCUUCCAGGCUCGGGGUCUGUAACUAGCUCUAUGACGAAUUCAGGUUCAUCUUCUGGCUCAGGGUCCAACUUCGAUGCUUCGGCAACCUCUUCCGGUUCAAGUUCUCAAUCUUUAUCUACCGCAAUUUCCGGGGAGCUGAGCAACACGGGAGUUGAGACCGUUGUCUCCAACACCUAUACUUCCCCUGGAGUCGCAAAUCCUGUCACGACUACUGAAGCUACCAGAUUGGAUAUUACUAUAUCACACUCACACUCGACCUUGAUUUCUUCUGCCUCCUCUUUGCAAUCGGCUCCUUCUGUUUUAUAUAGCCCAAGCUCCACAGUUCCCACUGUUACUACCGUUGCCAGUGGCACUCGCGCUCCUAUCUCCUCAUCAGUCGUGGAGGCUAGCUCUCUCUUAGCAUCCUCGACUCUGUCCUCCGGUGGUGCUAUAUAUACCGGUGCAGCCAUUUCCCAGACUCGGACUUUCUCUGUAGGACUAAGCAUGAUCUGUGGACUUAUUGCUGUCUUGCAAAUUGCCUUUUGA